UGUGCCUCACGGGAUUCCGUUAUAUACGUAAACGUUAUUUACGCACACGUCAGCGUUCGGUGUUGUUUGGCUUUUAAAUCGAUAUUGAAAAUGUCUAAUUCAGUGAUUUCUGUCAUUUCCAGGUUUUUGGAGGAAUAUGCGUCCAGCACGCCGAACAAACUGAAAGUGAUAGACGCAUAUCUCUUCUACAUUAUGAUGACGGGAGCGCUGCAGUUUCUCUAUUGUUUAUUAGUCGGCACGUUUCCGUUCAACAGCUUUCUGUCUGGUUUUAUAUCGUGCGUUGGAUCGUUUAUUCUUGCAGUGUGUCUGAGAAUCCAGAUUAAUCCUCAGAAUAAAGGCGAGUUCUUGUCCAUCUCACCAGAAAGAGCCUUUGCUGACUUCCUCUUCGCCCACACUGUGCUUCAUUUGGUUGUUAUUAAUUUCAUCGGUUAAAGCGUACACAUGUGCUGAUAAAAAGAUCGACUGUUGAGAAAUGACCAAACCUGGAAAGCACAUGCAGGAAGCAGAGAAUAAAUAUCAUGUGUGUGAUAGUUAUUUUCUUCCAAUACUGACAGCACUUGCACAACUAAUCAAGUUUUCCAGUGCUGUAACAAAUCCUAAAACACUACUAAAUAAUAUGUGAUGGGCUACAUUUUGGGCCCAUUUAUAUAAUCUGAGAUGAUUGAAGAGAAUUCAGUCUAGGCUAAUUUGCUCAAAUGGAGUGUUGAUUUAUAUUUUUUCUUUCAAUUUCAAACAUGUUUGUACAUGCCUCAUUAUCAGUAUUAUACAGAUAUAUAUUUUUGAUUUGAUUCUGAAAUAAAUCAUAAUAAACCGUG